UCAACCUUCUUCAACAUCACUCCUCUUGAAUGUUAGCCAACGAGCAGAUGUGAAUCGGCUACUCCCUGCUUGCUCACCUGUUCUCGUAGAAUGCAGCCUGAGUCCACCGAUUUGCUUAUAAAUUUGCAGCCGUUCAUCCCACCGUGAGCACUUCGAACAAGCGGUAAAACAUCACUCCACAUUCACCAUGGACAACGCAGCCGGCAACUCGUUUCCUACCGACCGCGAUCGCGAUACUGCCGACGUUGACACCCCAAUGGAUGGCUCCGAGAGCGAUAACGAGAUCUUCGAGGAUGUCAUGCCGCAGCGCACCGAAGCGAACGAGAUUCCCGCCAACGUGCACGACGUCUCCAUUAAUGUCGACCUCGACAUGGACAGCCCGCACGUCCAGAACUUCAGCCAUACCGAUGAUCUUCCUACUCCGCCCGAGUCAUCCUUCGCACCUUCGGUUCAAACCGCGCCUUCAGUGCACAAGGCUGCGCCGCUGCCGCGUCCGCGGAAACACCCGCUUCUUUCGGGCGGUCAGAAAGAGAUGUCUCUGAUCUUCUAUCUCGAUCGGGCGCUGGAACACGUAGGGAAAAGGGCUACCAACAGACAUGUGAAAGAGCUGUUGCCGGGAGAGGUGGCAGGAUACAAGAGCUUCGCAGAGGUUGCAAAGGACCUAGACCCGCUUAUCGAUGUGGUCUGGGUCAGCAGUACACCUACACUCCAGCUCCCAUAUCUCAUCAGUAUCACCGUGGCAGCUAUCAAUUGCAUUCCCAUGUUCCCGCCAUUGCCCCGCACCACACUCAACUUCCUCUCUAAACUCGAUACUGCGCUUGCUGCUCUUCUCAGCGGCUCGGAUCCCGACACCAAUGAACCGUUGCCCGGGUUCAAGGACAAUCGCGGCAUCUCGACGACCGACAAGGUCCGCGUGAAAGGCAUUGUUGAGCGCGCGAGAAGCACAGCCACUAAGCAUCUCGUGGGGCAAGAAGGCGAAGACGCCCCAGAGGUCAACAGGAAAGCGGACCACGCGGGCAAUAACGAGGAUGGCUUCGUCAAAUUUGAAGGUUUCGAAAACUCGGACGACAGCGACGAUGAGGAGGAAGCCUACAAAAGGGACUCGAGGGAUGUCGCGCACGUGUUUGAGAAGACGGUCGUAGAGCUCGGGGACAUGUUGGGAGGUGACCCGAUCGGCAUUGUGACAGACGAGGAGCAGGAUAUGCGCAGGCAACUUGAGGAGGACGCUGCAGCCAUGAAAGAACGGGCUGCAUUCGAAGCGGAAGACCAGGGGGUGAUGGAGUUUGAGAAUGAAGAAGAGGCGAUGGCUGAGCAGCGGCAAUAUGUGGAAGACUCGCGGAAAGAGUUUGAGGACGAGGUCCAGUGGUCUGGUGAGCCACAUAACUUUGCAGCUCAUAACGUGUAUGCAGAGAAACCCAAAUAGGAAAGCUAUCUCUCUCGGGGAGGCAAGAACGGAGUAUUCAGUAUCGGUUCCACAGUACAUACCCAUAUAGUAGCCUAAGUUCCCGCAGGAAUCACUAUCAGGUACCUAUCUGACUGGCGAAGGCUCCAGUUUAUAUCCGGCUUUUAUCUUGCCACGGGAGGCUGUCUGGUGAUGUACGAUUCGGUAUCUCUUUACUUCUCAAUCUAUCGUCUUACUGU